GCAGAAGUGGACAUUAACAGCUUGAGCCACGUAGUUACUAGUGAACAUUUGGACUUCCCAUCUUAUGAUUCACCGUUUCCUUAAAUUGCAGAAAAUAGAAAGAUUCGCCAUUUCCUCCUUCCAUACUCCCAAUCUGCUAGCUCAAAAUAAUGAAGAAUCAGUGAUAUAAAAUUUGAAUCUCAUCAGAAUCUGGAACGAAGAAAAAAAAGAUGUAGAAUUCCUCCUGUAAAUGGCUAGCAACAGUAGCAAGUAUAUGGAUUCAGUGCAGUAGUGGUUCGUCAUAUGCUUUUGGUAUUUACUCACCAAUUCUAAAAAUUAGUCAAGAUUAUGAUCAAUCAACUCUUGAUUCCAUUGCCGUUUUCAAAGAUAUUGGUGCAAACGCUGGACUUUUAUCUGGUCUUCUUUACACUGCUGUUACACUUCGUCCACGCUCUCCUUCUUCAUCUUCUGCUACUUCAUGGGUUUCUAGAUUCGGUGGACCAUGGAUUGUACUUACUGCUGGUGCAAUUCAAUGUUUCAUUGGGUAUUUUUUUAUGUGGCUUGCUGUUACUGGAAUCAUAUCAAGACCCCCAGUUCCAUUGAUGUGUUUGUUUAUGUUUCUUGCUGCUCAUGCUCAGACUUUCUUCAAUACUGCUAAUGUUGUCACUGCUGUUCAGAAUUUCCCUGAUUAUAGUGGAACAAUUGUUGGUAUCAUGAAGGGUUUUCUUGGCUUGAGUGGAGCAAUACUAAUUCAAGUGUAUCAAGCAAUAUUUGUGGACAAUCCGAGCUCUUUCCUGCUGAUGCUUGCUCUGCUGCCAACCUUAGUUCCUCUCUCUCUCAUGUUUCUGGUAAGAACUCACCGUACAAAGGCAAGUAAUGAAAAGAAACACCUGAAUGGUUUUUCGCUCAUUGCUCUGAUCAUUGCUGCCUACCUUAUGGUCAUAAUUAUCUUGGAAAAUGUAUCAACUUUGGAAUUGCCUAUACGGAUUGUUUCGUUCUCUAUACUUCUAGUGGCACUUAUUUCUCCACUUAGCAUUGCAUUUAUAGCUCGUUCCAGAGACCCUCCAUAUUUACCUCUGGAAGCGUCCAGAUUACUGGAAGACCCGCAUCAGCUUAAAACUGAAAAUGUUUACAAGAGACUUGAACCUAGUACUGCUACUACGACGUAUCAUGAAUCUGCUACAGAAACAACCCCAUUAGCCAUUGAUAAGAGGACAACUCUUCGAGGAGACGACAUGAAUCUUUUGCAAGCAAUGCAAAAGGCAGAUUUCUGGUUGCUUUUCCUAGCCAUGGCAUGUGGAAUGGGCUCAGGACUAGCCACAGUAAAUAACAUCAGUCAAAUAGGAGGAUCUUUGGGUUAUACUAGUGUGGAAACUAGUACUUUGGUUUCUUUGUGGAGUAUAUGGAAUUUCCUAGGUCGGUUUGGAGCUGGGUACAUAUCUGAUUACUUUCUACACUGGAAAGGGUUGGCAAGGCCAAUUUUCAUGUCAAUCACUCUCGCAACGAUGAGUAUUGGGCAUGUAGUGAUUGCUUCUGGCCUACCCGGAGCACUUUACGCAGGAUCGAUAUUGGUGGGUGUUUGUUAUGGCUCUCAAUGGUCAUUAAUGCCUACCAUAACUUCCGAGAUAUUCGGUGUAGCUCACAUGGGUACCAUAUUCAACACCAUUGCUGUUGCGAGCCCAAUUGGAUCGUAUAUUUUGUCAGUAAGAGUAGUUGGGUAUAUUUACGACGCAGAAGCAGCAAUAGAUGAUGAUGGUACCGUGUGCAAGGGUGCUCAUUGUUUUAUGGUAUCCUUUUUUAUAAUGGCAGUUGUCAGCAUUCUAGGGUUUCUUAUUGCAUUGGCAUUGUUCUUCAGGACAAGAAGGUUCUAUAAGCAAGUUAUAUAUGGAAGACUGCAACAUUCUCUUCGACAAUAACAGGAAGCAGUUGAAAAGGAUGUAAAAAGUUUUGAACCAAAUGGAAGUUGGUUGAAAAAAAUAUUUCAUUUAUUUGUGCGUGCAUAAUACUGUGAACUACUUCAUUUUGUAUUAUGUAAUCUGAAGAAAAUUUUCUCCUCUUUUAAUGAAGAGAAGAUUUAAGUAA